UCGUACAAUUUUGCAACAAACACGGGCUACUUACCGUUAGGAUUUAUUUUCAAUGUCAGAUUGCUUCAGAUCGAGCCACAGACGCUCUGCCGAAAGUACAUCGCGUGACGGCAAGCCGCGUCACGUGAAGUGCUUGAAUUUCGGACAAUCGAUCCUCGAGCUCGACGUCGCGGACCAGCUUGGCUGCUUCGCGACGUCGGAUCAUGCUGUUGUGAUCGAGCGGAGUGUGGCCGGCAUACCGUGCACCAAGAAGAAGGACUACGUGCGCAAGUGGAUCGAAACUCACGAAGAUGGCGGGUCCGAUCCGAGCGAUAGUUUGCAAUCGUCCCCGGUUUUAGGGAAGUCGGCGACUAAAACCUACGAGACGUCGCCGGUGCUGGGCAGUAACAGUAGAAAACGACGUAGGAAAGAAACUCGCAUAAACAGACAUGCUGUGGUGAGAAGCAUGGGUGACACAGGUAGCCAGGGACAGAAUGCACAGUAUUCUGCAAGCUGCACGAUACAACCUGAUAUUGGAAGUAAAGAAGAGAAUCGGAACGAACAAGAAUACUUACAUAAGAUACACUACACACCGCCUUGUACAGAGGUGAUUGCUAGUGAAUCUCCUGUCCUUGGCGCAGGUUUGUAUUCUUACAAGAGAAGACGAAAAAAAUUAUGGUAUGGCACAGAUGACUAUGUCUUCUCGAAACAUUCAAAGUUACAUGACGAUAAAACUGUGCACAAAGUAGAGCUCGAUAAUAAUUAUGAUACUGUGAGUGAGAAGACUGUGGAUCACAAUGAGUUGGAAGAAGAUUCAGAUAGCAGUGUUAAAGAAACUAAUUUACAAAUCGAAACAGAAGAAAGUCCAAAAGAGUCACAAAUGUGCACAGGGAUACUUUUAUCACAGACACAACAAACAGGUUCUGGAGAUAGCUCGAGUUUUAACAAGAUUAAUGCAAGAAUAGAAACAGAUACGAGUGAUGAAAACAGAGACAAAGAAGAAUGUAGCAAGCUUUUAAAUGGCAGUACCAGUAGUCUGAAUAAUUGCAUAGAAGAAGUCGAUACACAGGAUAUGUUACCAGUCGUCAGGACAUCCCAGUUGUCAGCUAAAUCUUUAUUUAUCUCUCGAUCAAAGUCCUCACAAAUGAUUUCCAAUGACUUAGAUGAAACUUAUUGUUCCGAAGCAGAAAUUAUACAAAAUUACAGUACGCAUCUAUCCACGAAGAUCUCCCUGGUGCCAUCUCUGACUAAAGAGGUCACAAGCAGCAAAUCGACGCAGACUCCUGUUAUUAGUACGAUAAGUACUCCGUCGAAAGUAUCUCCGGACAAAACUAUGUAUGCGCGUCUUUUGGAUUCUGGAAAGAAACACCAGAAGCCUAAAAAGGGAAGCAUGGUUGCCAAGUUACAGUCUUUGAUUAACACGCAAAUAUCCAGCAUCCGUAUUUGGCGUCAUCGUAUGAACAAGAAGCAUGACGCUGCGUCAGCGCAAUUUAUCCGCGUGUUCGUGCAUGAUUGUUCGAUGCGGUUCGGUAAUCAGUUCCUGAGGGCGACCCUGAUCGAGGAUCGCUUUAAUCUUUUGCAAAGUGACGUAGAAAUCGAAGAAGCCGAAGUCCAGAUUCCACCGAGGAGAACCUCGCGCAGAGAUCUGACAAUUAUGCUAGUCUGUGAUAUAGUAGGUACUCUGAAAAUGGUUUCGCCAGUUGUGAUAAACGUUCACCCACCUUGGGACGUCUUAGAUAAGGUCGAUCUCACUCUAGAAGCAAUAUACAUAAGCAUAAGUCAAAGUCAAGAGAUACCUAAUCUGGAUUCUGACAAGGAUAACUCGCGUAGACGCGAGAGACGAGUUGUCAAAGAGUUCAAUUGUCCCUGUAUAGAGGAGGAGAGAGAAUUACCAUUUUGUUCGAGAAGGCCUAGUGCCGACAAGCCCGAUGUGAUGCAACGAAUAUUUGACUUUAUAAUGUCGGUAACUCAAGAUCGACCCGAAUUAUACGAGGAAGUGAAGCUUUACAAAAACGCCCGUGAGAGAGAAAAGCACGAUAAUCAAGCGGAUUUGUAUGCUGUGGUAAAUACAUUGCAGCAUUUGGAGAAGGCUUAUAUCAGAGAUUGCGUUACACCGAAAGAAUACACAGCUGCGUGCAGCAAAUUGUUAGUGCAAUAUAGAGCAGCAUUCAAGCAGGUACAGAGUGAUCAAUUUCCAACAAUUGAUUCUUUCACCAGAGCAUUCCGCUUAGAUUGUCCAGCCGCCCUCGAGAGAAUCAAGGAAGACAGACCAAUCACAAUAAAGGAUGACAAAGGCAACACUUCCAAAUGCAUCGCAGACAUUGUCUCCUUAUUUAUUACGCUUAUGGAUAAGUUACGCCUGGAAAUUCGAGCCAUGGAUCAGUUGCAUCCAGAUUUGAGGGAUCUCAUGGACACCAUGAAUCGCCUCAGCAUACUGCCGAGCGACUUCGACGGCAAAGAGAAGAUCUCAGAGUGGUUACAGACCCUUGAUAAUAUGUCCGCUUCAGAUGAACUGUCCGACACUCAAGUCAGACAACUGAUAUUUGAUCUAGAAACGUCCUACAAUGCUUUCAACAAAAUUCUCCAUAACUCUUAAUCCAUCGUACUUUCGGUCGAGCGAUAAUAUCUAUAAUAGACCUCGAUAUAUUAGAUUUAUUAUUACAUCAGCUUAUAUUGCCAGGAAAGGACUUGGUUAAUAUUUGUUCUAAAAUUCAUUCUUCCACACAUUUCCGCCCUUUAUGUACUUUCUACUUAUAUUCAAUCAAAACUAUCAGAAAACUAAACAGCAACUAAAUAACUAAAAACAACGAAAAACAUUAUUACAUAACCCACCUUCUUAUCACAGAAAUUAUACUUAUUUAAAUAACAUACCAUUGCCUUAAAUUAUUACUUGUUUAAUAAAACUUACAGUUUCUCUUCUGGAAAUAUCUCAUAUCUCUAUCCUAUUCUUAAACUACUUUCGCUUCUAUUCGUUUUACAUCCUAUUUUAUUCUACUUUCUAAUACAUUACAUUACAUUACCUAUAUUAUAUUAUUCACAUUUUAUAUAGACCUCGAUAUAUAUAUGGGCUAUGAGAUAUUAUACAGUAGAACACAUACAUGAUUCAAGCUAUCAUUAUUUUUUGCACGCAUUCUACUCUACUACUCGUUAAUUUUAUACUUGACAAGUCGACCAACGCAAAGGAUCCUCCAAUCGUUUUCAUUUACUUUACAUACCGUCACAACAGAAGCAUUGAGAUUUCUAUUGUAGAUAAUAUUGAUAUUGAAUCGCGAAAUAUACAUGGUAUUUACAUUUCAAUUGUUAUCUUAGUAAAUAACACCUUACCACGUGUCGUGUGAAUUACUUUGCACUGUUCCUUGAGCCACGCGUAAGACUCACGGCAAUGAGAGCCUUUGUCUGAAUACGUUAGAGAAAACACACACACACACAUAUAUGUGUACCAUAUGGUAUAUGCAUGUAUAUGCAAAUACGUAUGUAACACUGCAAAGCUCGGACUAUUUUAUAUGUGAUUUUUUUGCAAAGCAACAAACCGUGAACUGCUGAGAGAUGCAUCAUGUACAUCGACGGUUAAGUUAAUAAAAGAGCGUAGCAGCUGUAAUAAAUUACAUGGAAAAAUA